AUGACCUCUUAUCAUUACCAGUCUUUGCCUACGGGCAGCAAUGCGGCACCAGAGGAGCACGCGGAAGAUCUUGAGCGUAAGACUCAUGCGAGCGGCGGCUCAUACACACUCCUUUGUUGGAUCAUUUGCGCCCUAUGUGUGGUCGCUAUCAUAGUGGCGUUUCUCAAUCUGUCUCUCGUUCUCUCUGUUACAGGUCAGUUUUCAAGGAGCGGCGGCGCAAUGGGCCUAUCACACCCAGACAUAUUCGUUGGUCUUCCUCGAGAAUUACUACCCGAUCCGUCGGUCGACUUGUACAGUGAUCGUGUGAACUAG